UAGACAAACAGAGGGAAAACACCGUUCAAACCCUAAUUCCUUCGCGUUAUAAACACCCUCUUCUCCUUCAUACUCGAAGCUUUUGCUUGCGGUGGACUGGACUCGGUGCUCCAGCCUCAAUCUCCGAUCGGAUCCCUAACCGUUCAACCAUGGUGGCCGCGAAGAAGACCAAGAAGACUCAUGAGAGCAUCAACAACAGGCUCGCUCUCGUCAUGAAGAGCGGGAAGUACACGUUGGGGUACAAGACCGUCCUCAAGACUCUGAGGAACUCCAAAGGUAAGCUGGUCAUCAUUGCUAACAACUGCCCUCCUCUUCGGAAGUCCGAGAUAGAGUACUAUGCUAUGUUGGCCAAGGUCGGAGUGCAUCACUACAAUGGAAACAAUGUAGACCUCGGCACUGCCUGUGGAAAAUACUUUAGGGUAUGCUGCCUUAGCAUUAUUGACCCGGGUGACUCUGACAUCAUCAAGAGCAUGCCUGGCGAGCAUUGAGAUUUUUGAAUGCUUAGAUGUCACUUUAGAUUUUUCAUUUCUUUGCUCAGCUGGGCAUUGCGUUUCCAUUUAUUCAGAUGAGCUCUUAUGUUUAUCAGAGAAGUUUGAUUGUAAAACCCGAGAAGCUUUUUGUAGCUUUUUUAUGUGUCGAUGUUGGAUUGCGUCUAAAUGAGUUUUACGGACGAACCAAUUGAUCUCUUUAUUAUUAUUAUUAUCAUCUAAGAGUUCUGGAUCA